ACAGGAAGUGAGGUGUCUCUUGAGCGUCGGGACUUCCGGUGAAGGGGGAGAAGAGACGACUUAGUGGAGGCGGAAGAGGGGGAAGGGGUUUUUCCGGGGCCAGCGGUUGUGGUUUGCCGGCCUUGGGACCUGUGGGGAGAUGUUUCGAACGGCCAUCAUGAUGGCUGGCAGCCUGGCUUUGACCUCCGCGGUGGUGGCUCACGCCUAUUAUCUCAAGCAUCAGUUUUACCCGACCGUGGUGUACCUGACCAAAUCCAGCCCAAGCAUGGCGGUGCUGUACAUCCAGGCCUUUGUGUUGGUGUUCCUGUUGGGCAAAUUUAUGGGGAAAGUGUUUUUCGGGCAGCUCCGAGCAGCAGAAAUGGAGCAUCUGCUUGAGCGGUCAUGGUAUGCCGUGACCGAGACCUGCCUUGCCUUCACAGUCUUCAGGGAUGACUUCAGCCCACGCUUUGUGGCUCUCUUCACCCUCCUCCUCUUCCUGAAAUGCUUCCACUGGCUCGCCGAGGACCGGGUGGACUUUAUGGAGAGGAGCCCUCACAUUUCCUGGCUCUUCCAUUUCCGCAUUGUCUCUCUGAUGGUUCUCCUGGGCAUCCUGGACUUCCUGUUCGUCAGCCACGCCUACCACAGCAUCCUCACGAGGGGGGCCUCUGUCCAGCUGGUCUUUGGCUUUGAGUAUGCCAUCCUGAUGACAAUGGUGCUCACGAUCUUCAUCAAAUACAUCCUGCAUUCCAUCGAUCUGCAGAGCGAGAAUCCCUGGGACAACAAGGCCGUAUACAUGCUGUACACGGAGCUCUUCACAGGUUUCAUCAAGGUCCUCCUGUACGUGGCUUUCAUGACCAUUAUGAUCAAGGUGCACACCUUCCCGCUGUUCGCCAUCCGGCCCAUGUAUCUCGCGAUGAGGCAGUUCAAGAAAGCGGUGACCGACGCCAUCAUGUCCCGCCGGGCGAUCCGCAACAUGAACACCCUGUACCCCGAUGCCACUCCGGAAGAGCUGCAUGCGAUGGACAACGUGUGCAUUAUUUGCCGGGAAGAGAUGGUGACGGGAGCGAAACGCCUCCCUUGUAAUCACAUCUUCCACACCAGCUGCCUGCGGUCGUGGUUCCAGCGCCAGCAGACUUGCCCUACCUGUCGGAUGGACGUUCUCCGGGCCUCCGUCCCCACGCAGUCUCAGACCCCCCCGGAGCAGCAGGAAGGAGGGCCGCAGCAACAGCCCCCACACCAGACCCCAUUGAUACCCCAGCCCCCAAACUUUCCGCAAGGCAUCCUGCCCCCCUUCCCGCCGGGGAUGUUCCCGCUGUGGCCCCCCAUCGCUCCGUUCCCUCCCGUGCCGGGCGUCCAGCCACCCAACAACACGGACGGUGCUUCAGCAGCCUCGCCUUCUACAUCCGGAACACAAACAGCGGGCGCCACAAGGCCCAGCGGUGAUUCGGCCUCUGCGUCGGACACGACUGCUUCGACAGGAGCCGGGCCAGGUUUUCCCUUCCCUCCCGCAUGGAUGGGGAUGCCCUUCCCACCUCUCUUUGGCUUCCCCCCGAUGCCGGUGCCCCCCUCCGGAUUUGCGGGACUGACCGAAGAAGAGCUACGUGCCAUGGAAGGCCACGAGCGGCAGCAUUUGGAGGCCCGGCUCCAGUGCUUGCAGAACAUCCACACCCUCCUCGACGCGGCCAUGCUGCAGAUCAACCAGUACCUCACCGUGCUGGCGACCCUCGGGACGCCGCGACCGGCACCGCCACCAAGUAGUGCUUCAGCCCCUUCGACAUCUUCUCCAGAAACUCCCAGUCCUGGCCCUGAACCUACGUCCAGUGGCGAGCCUGGCCCCACGACCUUCCAGCCAGCUGACAGCACCUCUUCAGUAGUAGCCGCCGCCGCCGACACAGAGUCCUCUGGUGUAACAGAUCCACGCCUGGUGGCAGGGGCUGAGGGCUACACGGAGUCCCCUGAAUGCAAGCAGGAUGGGGAGAACUCUUUGCUGGAGGAACCAGACACCGCAGAGCUGCGCCGGCGCCGGCUCCAGAAACUAGAACUGCCCUCCUCUUCUUCCCAUUGAUAUCCCCACCCGCCUCGCCCGGUGCCUGAGUCCGUGGUCCCUGACGGGUUUUCUCUCCAUGGGCGAUGAAAAGGAAAAAAACAAGCGGCAGGCCGUGCAAGCAAAGCGGGGCCAGACGAACGAGGCCUGGAUGUCUUAAACUUGUGCCAUCGCGUGCCCUUGGAGGAAAGGCUAGGAGGAGGCCCCUUUCAGCAGGACGGGUGGGGUGCGGGAGGUGUCUAGAACUGACUCUGCCUUGAUUUAUACCGUGAUGAAAAGGCGACUGUCCAUCCAGCAGCAGGCGAGGCCAGGUCGUCCAGACUUUUCCCCCAUCAGGACAUGGCCCCUCUUCCUGGGUGACAACCUUUCCUAUCUUGGUGUCAGCUGGAUGGACUUCCACUCCGCAGUAGCAGCGGCCUCAGCAGGACAGACCGGCCUCUUUUCUCUUUCUCCCCCCCCCCAAAUGCCAUCUAAAGUCAGUUGAGAAAUUACCCACAUCAUUAAGAGUGGUGGCCCGUGGUUUCUGCAUAUAAUUGGUUUCCGUUGGCUUUAGUUCUUCCCCUUUUCUGAUUUUUUUGGGGGAGGGGGCAGGUGCAUGGGUUCUUCAGCUGCCCUUCCUAAGCAUGGCAGCGGCAUCAAUACGGAGCUGACAGAAUAUAUGGUUUCCCUCUCCUUUUUUUGUGGGUGUAAGAGAUGGCCUCCUGAUCCCUUUUACAGCAGGAACCAAAACCUGUUCAGAAGGCGUCGUAAACACAGCGAGCUUCAUUUGGGUUUCCUUUUAAAACAAAACUCUUUAAAAAGUGGGAUUCCGUGGGAUGAACAAGGAAACUGUAGAUGGAAUACGUUGGUAUGCGGUGUUGGCUUGAUCUGAUUCGAGGGGCCGGUGUGAGGUGGCUUCACCUCUGUUUUCUGGGUGGAAUGAGAUUUCGGUUGCCUUCAACGGCAUCUGUGGGUCUUUGGCGUCCUGAUCCCUGGGUUUCCAGCUCUGAGCCUCCACUGUGGCCAACAGAACGUAUGUUUAGCGCAGAGAGAAAGAAGCACACCCAUAACGUGGCCCACAGAAAGGGGUGAGACCCAAAGCAAAGGUCCUCUGGAUUUGGACGACGAGUCCUAUCAACCUGGUCAGGGAUGAUAGGGAUGAGAACUGACUGGUGUUUUGAGUUGAGCCCCACCUGUUUAGGCCCAUGCCUUCCACCACUCUUUCCAAGAGUAUGCUUCGUGGGGCACCCUGUUUGUUCACUAGACCAAUGGGUUCCUAACCUCGAGUCAUCCAGGCGUUCUUAGACUACAAGACCCAGGAGCCUUCACCAACAGCUGCGCUGGCUGGGGUUUCUGGGAGUUGCAGUCCAUGAACACCCAGGUGACCCAAGGGUGGGAACGCACCGUGCUCCAGCCUUGGCUGUCCUCUCCCUUGUGUGCGCUGUCCAGAAAUCUGUCAUAACUUACCAUUAAGAUACUUCCUAAUUCUGAUUAUUUUCUCUUUUCUAUUCUUCCUUUCUCUCUUUUUUUUUUCUUUCUCUCUUUCGGCAUAUAUAUGUAUUUAUUUAGCUUCUGACUCCAUCUGUUUAUUCAGGAAAACUGGCCCUGUUUUUGCAACUCCGGGCUAGGGGUUAGGGUCUCUCUCUCUCUUUUUGGUGUAUUGUUUAAAACAAGUUAGCAAGCUGUGAAAUGCAGUAUUAAUCUUGGCUGUCCAGCCCGAAUAGAGAGUCAGAAACCGAGACAGACUGGAUGCGAUGGGAAGAAAAGGAUGCGGCAGGGAUGAUUUGAAGUAUCGAUUUCAAUAAAAGAUUUUGGUCAAGGUUUCCCCCCUCUUUCUUGGUUUCAAAAGACCUCUCUCUCUUCUCCCACGGUCUUAUGAUAAAAUUAAGAGAGAGAAGUGUACCGUUUGCUAGGCAGGGAGCUGGCCCCUGGAGCUGGUGUCAGUCUGAUUGUGGGGGAUUGUUAUACCGAGGAGUCUGCUGGAGGAAUAUCGGAGAGGGCGAUUUGGUGGCGAGUGCAUUCCUCCCCUCCCACCUAGUCAUGCAAACGUCACUCUUAGGAAGAGAGGCCGGAGAUCCGUGCCUGGUAAGUGAAUAGGCCACGUGUGUAGGGAAUUCUGUGGUUACGUGUCGGGGUGGUGAUGAACUGGUUUUGGCAAGACAGAAGAGAGGCAUGAAGCAGAGGUGAUAUACGCCGAGCUCCCCCCCCCCGGUGUUGCUGGACAGGAGGUGCCAGUGAGUCGGGAGGUAUAACUAGCGGGCCUUAGAAAACCAGCAACAUCUGAAAGACCCCCCCUAGGGUCUAGGAAGCAGUGCUCCCCCCCAUCACAUAUCAACAGACGACAAAACAUCAGCAGACAUCCAGUAAUUUUUGUUGUAAUGCUAGUCUUUUAUGCACAGAUAGGAAACAGAUGAUGGGAGCCUAAGGACGCAGCAGGUGGAAACGGCAUCCGGUCGCGUUCCCCCAAGCUUGGUCCUCGUGCUGUUCUCAAAGGAUUCCCAUCUUCUGCUGGUGGCGCUGCGGCUUUCCUUGGCCCCCCCUCGGGUCCUUCUUCAAGGCGUUUCCUGGGCUGUGUCCCUUGGUCCUUGAGAGAACAAGCUUGAAACCACGUUGUCGGGACUCUUCAGAGCCAGAAUGCGACCUAGAAGGGGAAGGGAAGAAAGCGUGGUAGGCUGCCAGGCUUUGUCGGGGGGGGGGCACCGUCUGGGGACCCGCCCGGAGGUCCGACAUCACUGCGUUUCAUUUCACUUAGAAGCUGGGUACAUAACUUUGAUCUUACACAAAUAAAUAACAUUAUUGGUAGCUAAGUAACAUUGUUGGUAUCUUUUUUCUGUUAAAAAAAAGCUUAGAGGAAACACGUUGGAUGGAGCAGAAAGAAAACAGACCUGAGGAAGAAG